CUCUAUUGUGUUGGUGAAAUGGGAAUGUGUGUGUGUGUGUGUGUGUGUGUGCUGUUCCCGCCCACACACACACACACACACACACACAGACCCGGCUCAGAUUCUCUGUCAGACGCGUGUAUUUGAGCUUCUUUCGCGGAUUGGUUCUUCUGGACAGUUCCUCGGUUUGUGGAUGAGAUGUUUGUGUCCGUGGCUUUGCUGGUUUUAAUUCAGAGUGCGACCGUCGUCCCUGUCACUGUCACCAGCCGCAGUCCUGGAGUGGAAGUGCGUGAGUUCUCAGAUGCUGUGCUCUCCUGUGAGUUCAGUACAGAAAACGAGAAGAAUCCUCGCAUCGAGUGGAAGAAGAUCGACAAGCAUGUGGCCCUUGUUUAUUUUGAGAGCCAUUUUACAGAGUCGCUUCAGGACCGUGCAGAGAUCAAUGGUGCGACUGUGACAUUGAAAAAAGUGACUCGGAGUGACGCGGGCACUUACCGCUGUGAGGUCAGCACUCCGAAGGACACCAUCACACUGGGGGAGAUCAACGUCACACUGACAGUGCUGGUGCCUCCACACACACCUUCAUGUGAUGUGCCCAGCUCGGCUCUGACGGGCUCUCUGGUGCAGCUGCGCUGUAGGGACCAUCAAAGCGUCCCAGCCGCCGUCUACACCUGGUACAAAGACAACCGCGCUCUGCCCAUCCAUCAGCCCAACGCCACAUACACCAUCGACGAGAAGACUGGUGUACUGAUGUUCCAGAAGGUCAGCAGAGCUGAUACAGGUCAAUAUCACUGUGAGGCCAAAAACAGGGUGGGACCCGGAAAGAGCUGCUCGGGGACACGCAUGCAGAUUGAUGAUCUGAACGUGGCGGCGGUGGUCUCUGGAGUGCUUCUUCUGGUUCUGCUGCUGUGUCUGUGUGCGUUUGGAGUGUUUUACGGCCGUCGGCACGGAUUCUUCAGCCGACAGAGAGGAAGGUCGUUCUGGAUCACACAGUGUCACAGCGCUGCACACAUUAGCAGCCAAAACCUCCACAGAACCGAACACACUCCAAAUACAGUCUACAGUCAUCCUCCCAAAGAAGAACCUCAGGAUUUCAAGCACACUCAGUCGUUCAUGCUGUGACCCCGAUGCCUUAAACCAGUCCAAGCGAUGACCUUUGACCCCCACCGUGCCUUUACUUCAACUCAAUCAUGUCUGGAUCUACUGUGUGUGGACUGGGCCGAAUAGCUGUAUAUUUGAUCAGGAUUUGUGUGUUUUUUUAUAAAAAUAACUGAUUUUAUCUGAACUGGAGCAUUUAUUGCCGUUUUUUAUACUUGUUUUUUGCAUUCAAUAGUUUUAAUGAACUAUAACUCUGGAGCAAAUAUUAAAGUGUUUUGACGAUGAA